CUUGGGUAAGUCUGCUGAUUGAUCACAUCGGGGGUCUCGUUUACUUUUUCUUAGACUCACACUGACAAAGUGGCUACAUAUCGCUAGGAGAGUACACGCAAACUACCUCGGUGUAGCCGAAGCUCUGGGCAUUGCGCUUCUUGCACACCUUUCCGACUCUGCCACGCUGGCUCUCACGUCAGCUAGUGGGUGAAAAGAGAUAACCGAACGACAACCACAUUGAAAGCCUUAGCAUCAUACCUUUCACGCAUGGCAAAUCCCUUCAAUCGAGCCCACAAAUUAUUGUUCCACAGCGGAGAUUACUCAAACGGACAUCUAUUGCAUUAAACACUCACUGCGCCCGUGUCGCCAGAACUUGAGAUCGAAUUUGUGACAGGCCAUUUGCAAGCACGAUGAACUUCACAGCUCUAAAGGAUCUAUUUCUAGUCUCUCUUCUCUUCCACCUGGCUGAGACAGCGACAGCGGAUGCAGAUCCAGGCACUCUCACGACUCUUCCACCUGCGUUUCCAACUGGAAACAACUCAGACCCUUGCGCAUUUUCUGACCGCGACACUCUCAUCGACCGGGUGGGCAGUGAUUGGCAGAAUUACAACAUUUCAUUGCUAGUACAGACUUGCGAGAAUGUUUGUGUAUAUGUCUAUGGCGCUGGGAAUCCCGAUGUAUCGGGAAUCGGAGCCAUGAUCUCUUACCUUAUACAGGCACUCGCAACAUUCGUUUUUGGGCCCAUGUUAUCAACAAUCCUUGUAAUAUGCGACCCCGACCGUUUCCAACCUCCGUAUUUUAGGCUGUCCCGUCAACACUGGCUGGCUCAAAUCGGCGUCAACCUAGCUGGGAGCAUUCAUCGUACUAACAUUCUGAUUGCUUUAUCUAUUUUGCUAUCCGCUACGAUAAGGAUCCAGCAGGUGGCUCCUCUCGCGGAGGUUCAGUUUCUGGACACUCUUGCACUAUACGAAUUAUAUCUUGCAUAUUCCAGUAUGUUUCUCUCCUUACCAAUCUCUCCAACUGCAUUGAAAGGAUGGGGUUCUCUUGCAGUCUAUUAUUUCAUUAUAUUAGUCCUGAUGUUUCGCAUGACUUUCAUGAGGAAGUUUCCAAAUCAAAACUCGACUGCCAUGGAGGAAAUAACGAGACACUGCGCCAUACAAAAGGACUAUCAUUUACCAGACUUCAUUUCCACCACAAGAACAGAAGAAGACCCUCAAUUACGUCGUCUUCAAACCCGGUUAAAGGUCCUUGUUCCAAUAGGAAUGAUAUUGCUGGUGGGUCUGGUCGCACUCAAGUGGCUUCGACGGCCAAUUCUGAAGUUGUACAUGCGUCUGAGCGUACCUUUCAAGCUUCUCAGAAACCCCUUCAGCUCUCUUGGACGGUUAUAUUUGGAAUUAUGUUCUUUUAUCCGCAUCGACAAGAAUCUACUUCUUAUUGUAGCUGCUUGUGUCACGAUGUCCGGUGUAUGGAUGUUUUUUGCGAUAUCCACCGCUCAGACGUUGCAAAAUCAAAGAAUUCUGAUGCAAAAAUUAAGCGGGGAUGCAUAUCAGGACAACCAGUGGGGCUUUGGUCAAAUCAUGGCCGUUCUAGUGUGGGCGCAAUUUGUUGAACAAUUAGUUCAUGCUAUCUUUUCUAUAUCCAAGCAUGUUUAUAAACAUAGACGAGUACGGCAACAAGACAGAGUUUUAGCGGAAACAGCCGCUUUCCGAAUAUCAUCACCACCUCAUGAGGCAAACAUCGCGGAUCACACUAUCGCUAGUAUCAGCGAGGAAGCAGGUCCUCUCACCGAAGACUAUACGAGUAUUGCACCCAAUUUCUCCCAACAAACUAUCCCGACCCAGCAGUGGAAUGAGACAGAUGGCUCAACAUCCAGUAUUCGAUCAAGGACAACCUGGCCAAGAAAUACGGAUGAAACAUAUUUGCCAACUAGAAGUACGGAUACAUGAUAAUACUAUACGACAGACUACUGUGAUAGGCGGAGAGAAAUUGGCAUGUAGGGUACGGGCUGGGGGCUAUUCGGUGAAGUUGAGUACAAGUCUCACCUCCUAAUAAGUGGCACAGGAAUCUUCUUUUGUGUAUGUAUUCUUUUAUUCAGUAUAUGUUGUCAAGGAAAGAAUUGAG